GCCGUGGUGGGUCGUCGUCAUGGCCUCUGUGUGGGACGAACUGACUCUUGCCUUCUCCCGCACGUCCAUGUUUCCCUUCUUUGACGUUGCCCACUAUCUGGUGUCCCUGAUGGCGAUGAGGCAUCAGCCGGGAGCAGAGGCAGUGGCAUUGAAGAAUCCUCUUUCAAGCUGGUUUACUGCUAUGCUCCACUGUUUUGGUGGAGGAAUUUUAUCCUGUAUACUGCUUGCAGAGCCUCCUUUGAGACUUCUUGCAGACUACACUAAUAUAUUACUGGCAACUUCAAUCUGGUAUGUUGCAUUUUUUUGCCCAUGUGACCUAGUUUUCCAGGGCUAUUCUUUCCUACCUGUUCAACUCUUGGCUGCAGGAAUGAAGGAAGUGACCAGAACUUGGAAAAUAGCAGGUGGAGUCACUGAUGAUAGCUAUUACAAAAAUGGCUGGAUAGUCAUGAUAGCUGUUGGAUGGGCCCGAGGUGCAGGUGGUAGCGUUGUCACAAAUUUUGAACAGUUGGUGAAAGGAAGUUGGAAACCGGAAACUGAAGAAUGACUGAAAUGGUCCUAAUAGCCAUGAUGCUUACAAAGACUUCCGUUUCGCCUUUUGCUUGUUUUGAGGAUACAUUGGGUCGGAUAUUCUUUGGCAGGCAGCAACAGUUGUCACCAUGUGGGAAGAAAACUGAAGUUAAAUCAUCCUUUAAUGGCACUGGUUCAUCUACCUCAAAACCUACAGUUGAUGCUUCAGAUAAAGUUAAAAAGAAACACACUAAGAAGACUGAGUAAAUUUACUUGGUGAGCUCCAGAAGGAAAAAAAAUUUCUCAUCUACCUGUCAGAUUGUGAUAAAUAUUUCUAUGUAAAUGAUGUGAAAUACAGAUUAUAUGUAAGAAAU